UGGUGAGGCUUACCUUGCCCCUCCGCAUUCCCGAGGCUAUCAGGGUCCACUUGAAGGGCCCUAACCGCUCAGUCCGUUCCAAUGACGGCCGAGACAUUGUUUCUUGAGGAUGGGAUCGGUCAUUGAGGAUAGGACGACUGUGGAUCGAUGGGACAAUGCGUCAAUGCGAUAUGCCUAGGUUGACUUUGAAUUCUGCGUUGGAUCAUUUCCCCUCAUUCUCCUGGGCUGUCUUGGAUGUCUUGGUGGGAGGCUCCGCGUCGUCAUUGGCGAGGCCGCUCGGGGGUAAAAGUGCCCUUGCGUGUUCCAUGUGUCCAGCUGGCUGCUUCACAACAGCAGGGCAAGAGCGCACCACUGCUGCCACUGCAUCCUUCCCAUGGCAUCGAGUACCUUCCGCAGAGCAUCCGCACAGCAUCCGCAUCUUCUCCCGCCCUUUCCACUUUCUUUUGUUUCGCCAACGGCUGAACGGCCUGCCCCGAUUGAGCAGAUCGAAACACUGCUAUCAUGCGGUUGCAGCUACCGUCCCUGAAGAGACGACAUGCCACCACAACUUCAGUUUUGUCUUUGACGUAUGGAAGCCCACCUCAGUGGCGCAGGACCGGCAUGUUGACAGCGUCCUUGCCAGUAUGACGGCUGUGGGGCUGGUUGGUCUCGCAGGCGUCACUCGAUCACAAAUUGGGCGUGUUUCAAUGCGUACCUUGGACUUAGUGUCUCGCAUUAUAGUACCUUUCCUGAGCCUUCAUUCUUCCUGACCGCUUCCAUGUCUUAUGCAGUGUAAACAAUGAAUAAACAAUGCUAUUCCUCAGUUCGAUUGAUGAGCAGAAAGUUGAGCAUAUCAAGCGCCCA